AUGUCAUUUUCCCAAGAGAUUCGUCGCCGUGGUUCUUAUGCCCCAAUUGACUUCACUGCUGAGGUGAGUAAAGCAUGUCGCAAACAAGUUGAGUUUUACUUUAGUGAGUACAACCUUCCAUACGAUAAGUUCUUGCGUUCUUUGUGCGAACAAAAUGACGGUUGGAUUCCAAUCACUACUCUUGCGUCAUUCAACAGAAUGAAGAAGUACAGACCAGUGGACAAGGUUGUUGAGUGCCUGAAGGAGUCCAGCAUUUUGGAGGUCAGUGCAGAUGGUGAGAAUGUUCGUAGAAAGACUCCAUUGGAAACAGUUGAUUUCAAGGACAGAAACGAAAGAGUUUUGGUUUUUAUGAACUGGAAGAAGAUCGAAGAUGAGGACAAAGACAAGUUUUUGGUGCUCCAAGAGGAACUCGAGGAAUUUUUCAACAAGAUGCUUCCUGUGAACCAAGUUCGUUUGAAGAAGGAUCACAAGAAGAAGUUCAAUGGAGUCGUUGAAGUUGAAUUCAAAACCAAAGAGGAGUGUGCCAAAUUCUUGGAAGACCACAAGACGGACUUCUCUUACCAGGGUCAACCUCUCGAAGUGGUCACCAAGAAGCAAUACAGUUUGGCUAAGAAUGCUACCAGAUCUAAGAACUUUGGCGGUUCUGGUCAAAAGACCAGAUCUUUGACUGGUUACAGAAAGAACAUUCCAAAGAAUGGAGAAGAAUCCAAGACUGAGGAAUCCAAGACUGAGGAAUCCAAGACUGAGGAAGCCAAGCCUGAGGAAGCCAAGCCUGAGGAAGCCAAGCCUGAGGAAGCCAAGACUGAGGAAGCCAAGACCGAGGAGACCACCUCACAAGAAACUAAGACUGAGGAAACCAACUAG